ACGUACUACUCUGGCAAAAACGACAUCUAGAAAUCGUGACAAAAGUACCAACGCAACAUCUGGAAAUCGCGACAUUCGUCCAGCGUGACAUUUGGAUCGUUACACUGUACGUAAAAUGUGACACUCAUGCAAGUGCGACGUCUGAAAAAAACGACAUCUAGACAAGUCGACAAUGUUGCAAACGUGACAUUUGAAAAACUCACCAAUCUGAAAAUGGGACAUUUGACAAACACGACAGUCAAGCCAACGAUAAAUGUGGUAAAGUCGACAAAUAUGUUAUGUGACGUUUAGAAAUAUGGACAUCUUUGCACAAGGACAAUUGUACAUUGUGACAAUUGUAAAAUUUGACUUUUGGAAAUGUUACCACUCACUUACAAGCGACAUAUGGAUAACGUGACAGUUGAACAUAGUGACACUUGUGAAAAGGUACAUUCGGAAAAAUAAUUAUUUCUACUUACCAGCAAUGAAUUUAUAAGAAAUCCGUAGAUAAAGUAGAUUUCUUAUGGUAAUGAAACAUGGAAAGAGAGAGGACAUACAUUUUAAAUAAAACUCUAACUAAUGCAGCCAAAAAAUUAUUUUAAUAUGUUUAAUAAAUUUUAGGAUAAAACAAUCCAAUUGAAAAUAUUAAAUUAAAUUUAUUUAUCAUUAUCACUAACUCAAAUUGAUAUUAUUCUACGUACAUAAUAAAAUGCUAUACAAAUAAUGUUAAUUAAAAAUAAUCUCGUAAUAUAAAUUUUUUUGUACCUAAUUGAAUUUAUGAAAUCAAACUUACUUACCAUGCUCUUAUACCAGCUAUAUUCUGAGUACACUAUCUAAUUCUAUAAAAAUAAGAAUAAUUAGGAUAUCUUAUCACUAAUAGCUAGGACUCUUGGUGAUUUUCGAAACGGAUAUUCUUCCGAUGAUGACACCAACAUGGAUUCAGAAAAUGAAGUGAUUGCAGAUGUUGAUACUGGUAAUUCCGAUGAUGAGACUAAUGGAGAUGUAGAUAAUGAAGCUGCAGCUGUUACUUCUAGCAAUCCCGAUGAUGUUACUUACAUGGAUUCAAAUAAUGAUAUUGAUAAUGAUUCGGAAGAAUCCGAGGCUGACACUAUCAUUCUCGAUUUUGAUGACUAUUCUCAUGGCAAUGUUCCUAAUCCCGACCUAAAUGGUGCUGAUGUUGCCUGCAGUUUACGGCGCGACGCGGUUACACCUGCGGACUUGAACAACGCUAUCAGAAGUGAAGAAUGUAUGACUUACAUGGCCGCUGUUCCGAACGUCUACUACACUGAUAGAAGGAUUUGUUUAGGAGUAAUAAAUUGAUUUAUUAAAUUUUUCUCAAUUGACUUUUUUGGAUUUAACAAAUAUUUAGUAAUUAUUAACAAUAUUUAUUAUAAUGAAAUAAGUAACUUCUUUAUUAUUAAGAAAUAUUUUUUAUGCUAACAAAGCCUUAUUAACAUAAAAGAAAUAUUUGUUAGCAACAAACAAGAUUUGUUAAUAUUUAAUAAAUAUUUCUGAGGAGAAUUUGUCGGUAGAGGGCUACACACGAGCCUGUAGUGGUGUACACGUAUUAACUUAACCAUUAAAAACAC